CCAUGAAAAGCACAAAAAUGCUCCGCCGGAAGAAACGGACCUCGCUGUUCGGAAACCCAAAGUCGUUGGCGAGGCGCGGUACAGGCGCCAGUUAUUGGAUAAACUCGAUGGCUAGGGCUGCCAUUCUUAAACCUCCCAACUGCUCUUUCGAAAACUCGUCAUUAGCUUGCGUUGUUGUAGUCUCCGCGGCAAGCGGAUGGCGGAGCGAGAGUGUGGGCGAGGAAUUAGGAGGACAUAAAGCUGGGAGGAGGAUGGUGUUCCGGUGUGGAAUGGAGGAAGACCGGAGCAAGAAGCCUGGUUUUCAUUUGAUUCCACCUGCAAAAAUUGAGUUCAUCUGAGAUCCAGGCUCAAUUUGGGGAGAAGCUGUCAGAAUGCGAAUAUAUGAAGACUCAAAUGCUUUUAUUCGUAAUGCCAAAAGUAAUCUUAGGCACGUUGUCAAUGAUGCUUCUAAACCAUUGGAAACUUCAAUAUCUAAUGAAGCUUCAGGAGACCACCCUGACCCUAAGGCUUAUCUUAGAACCAUGGAGUCAGAAUAUGAAAGAAAUGAAGGCGGUGCGACCUCUAUGGUCUGCAUCACUCAGGAUUCAAAUGUUUCAAAGGAUCCUGAAGUACCUCAUAUAGAAAAUAUUCAUUUGGAUGCUGAUGCAACACAGAUACAGUUGACUUCAAAAGCUGUGAAUAUUGCUAGGUCCAAGUACACUGUUCCUCGACCCUUUAAUCUUGCAGCCGGCAAGUGUGCUUCAGGUGCCUGCAAAUUUACUGCUGCCACUAUAUCUAAUAAUGAAAAAAAACAUACAAUUAUGAACAGCAUUGGGUUGCCAAACCUGGUAAAGAAGAAUCAGGCUAGCUUACAUCUUGAAUCAAGGAAACCUCUUCAACCUCAGAAUAGAAAACGCAUUGUUGAAGAGGAUGUCUGCUCUGUCAUUUCUUUAAGUGCAGCUUCUGUGAAGACUUUUAGAAGUAGGAGCACUGUUGCAUGCUCUCCCACUUUCAGAGUCAGUGAGCGUGCUGAGAAAUGGAAAGAGUUUUAUUCCAAGUUAGAAAAGAAACAACAAGCUGCUGAAGCUGAGAGGAUUCAGUAUGAAGCCAGAAAAAAGGAAGAAGAAGAGGCAACUCUAAAAGAACUAAGGAAAAGCAUGAAUUUCAAAGCUAUUCCUAUGCCUAGCUUCUACCAUAAGGGACCUCCUCCGAAGAUUGAACUAAAAAAGAUACCCGUAACUCGUGCGAAGUCGCCAAAGUUUAGCCGACGAAGGAGCCGCGGCGAAGCAUGCAAUCCUUCAUUCGCUAACAGCAAAAUCCACGUCUUCGACGGCCCCAAGGACGCAAAAAAAUCACGACAAAACAUCAAGAUUGGAACUCCAUCAUCCAAAUUCGAAGAAAAAAAUAAUCAAAAUGCGACCGAGCAGACAACUCCAGAAACCACCAUGCAAUCCUAACCUUCGUGAUCUCAUGUUUCAUUUGUUUUUGUUCCUCUACCACAAUGUUCUUAUGGAUAUUUGUUUAAGAUGUUCUGUAUGCUUUGCAAAUCUGGAAGAACCACUUUGUUCUUCUCUUUUUGAAAAUUGUUUUUAAUGCUUUAUAUUUUAUUUAUUUUUUGUUAAUAUCAAUCAAGGUGUUUUUCAGUAGAAGAUAUGGAUUCUGGUCUUAUGUUAAAGGGAUGAAGAGAAUGUGAGCAAGUUGAGUGAAUGGGGACA